UUUAUUGAUGUUUUCCUAUUUAAAAUAAAAGUGAAUAAUUAUACAAAACCCGAUAUCUAUAAGAUUUUCUUGUAUGCCAACCAUGACUUGGAUAAUUGCCUAAGAAUAAAUAGUAAUAUCCUGUGUUAAUAGUGAUAUUGAUUCGUUAAUCUAUGCGAAACGUUUGGGGUUGUUGCAUUUGGUUCCCAAAGGUCAACUAAUCGACUACCUCAUGUUACAUUUGCUAUAGUUUAAUUGAAUUUAUUGACUCCUUAACAUGUUUGGGGUAGUUGUAACUGAAGCCUUGCAUAUUCCCAUAUUCCCAUGGUUCUUGGCCACCAAUCUACCCCUGAUACUGUGUAACAUGCGGGCUAGCCGGCUUCGAAUCCCAAUGCGAUUGUAUCUGUUGCCGACUCUCUCCCAAAAACCGUGCUCGUGCUCUUAGUGAAACUUUCACGCUCUUCGGGGCCCCGAGAAGUGAAUGUAAGUUGAUUGUCGUAAGCCGGCUUUGACGUCGUAUUGAGUUUGGGACCGGAGACCGGAGAUCGGCGAUCGGAGACCAGAGGCCCGAGAUUUGAGAUUUGAGACCCGGAGCGGCAUAGGAAAGGAAAACAAGUUUCUUCCGACGCCAUGGGCUGCGUCGACUUCAGCGUUGCGGCAACAUUUGUUAACCUGUUUUUUAUUAUAGAUUUGGUGUUGUUGCUGCGAGUAUUUGAUUUGGCCCGAAUGCAUGAAGGAGCAGGAGCAGGGGAGGUGUUCCCCCUCUCUGCAACAAGACCUGACUUUGGCUGCUGCCGCUUGGUAACACUCGCUCCGUUGAUCUUGUCAACUUGACCAAGUUAUUUGAACUAUGCACAUGUGCAGACCAUAGAGAGUCGGUCCAUUCCAAGCCAGGCCAAGCCGCCGAGUCAUUUGAAGGCUGUUUGCCGGAGCUGGGAGCCAAGAGCUCAGCUCGGUGGUGAUCUUUGAGAGCCCAUGGAUAUGGGGAUGUGGGGAUCUUUGGGGCCUGGCCUGGCCUGGACUUAUGCUGCUGCCGCUGCAAUGCUGCUGCUGCAAUGCUGCGUCAACUGCGACGACGCAAAGUGAAUGUACUUUCAAACCAAAGAUCCGGUUUAAAGCUGCCCGGGCAACAGAUACAGCGCAGACAAACGACGAUGACAACGGCGAUGUUUUCACAAAAACGCUUGUGUAAUACAUAUGGAGAGGCAUAGCUAUAUGGCUACAGCUCCGUGCAUGUCAUGUAUAUUCCCCCCGCAGAAAAUAUCCACACAGCUCUCGGCCACUAAUUUCUUGUUUGUUGACGUGAUUUUAUUGUAUUCAUUUGAAAAUUUCAAAUUUAAAAAUCCCCAAUAUGGCUUACACACAUAGUAAAUCGAAACGGGUUGCCUCGGGUUCGCUUGAUUAUCGCAUUGAAAAUCCCCAAAUAGACAAUAUAGACAACAAGCUCCCAAGACUCCCAGAUCAAUGAGCCCUGAUAGCUGGCUGGGCCAACAAGACGCCUCUGAGAGGGAUCGGAUCAUUGUGCGCUCUUCCUUCUCGGCGCUGAGUACAUCGAUUUCUCCACUCGUUUGGUCAUAGAGAAUUUCCCUGAAUUAUGACACAGAUAUUUGUAUUUGUGCGUUUUAUGCUAUAUUGAGAUAGAAAAGAGCGCUUUAUUGUUUGGUUCGCACUCCCAAAACAUUUUGUUACACUUUCUAAUUGGGGAAAAGGUUAAGAUGAUCUUGUCAAACUUGAUUGAUUCCACGGCUUCACAUCGAUUGACUCUCGGUGUCCAUUUAAGCGGUUUAUGGUAAAUUUGCAAGGGUAGCCUUUCCCUUCUUGUUUCAAUAUUUUGUGUAUAUACGCGAGCAUACUUGAAUCACAAUCCCAUCAACAACAUCAUCAAUGUGCAUUGUGAGUGUAUAAACAGGCACAUGAAUCGACUAAGUGUGCGAGUGUUUUGUAUUGUGCACGGAAAGAAAAGUUAUAUUAUUAUUAUUAAUUGUAAAUUAAUGUAAAAAAGUAUUAAUGAUAUUAAUUGACUUAUAGCAAUAAUACCAACAAUAUUUAUGAAAAGGUUUUUGUUUUAAUAAUAAGGUACAUAUUAGAAAUUCAAAGUAGCGAGAUCUAAAAUCAGUGCCAUUUCAUUAUGCAUUAAUGUAGAGUUGAACUCCGUUUGAAAUGUCAAAGUAAUAUUCAAAAUCUAGUUCUAGUUUCAUUUGGUGCGUCAUCUCAAAAUGAUAUUACCUGAAGAUCCCGGUUUUUUAUGGGUUAAAAGAUUUCUUGUUUAUAUGAAUUGAUGUUAUCAUUUCGGUUUGUAUUAGCUUUGGUUUCUCUGCAGUUCUUUAUAGUUUUAAGGGUUACUUAAACGUCUGUUUGUUGUUGAUAUGUUUAUUUUUGCAAUGUAAAACUCAUUUUUCCAAGUGUACAUUAAAUUUCAUUUGCCAGUCGCGAGACUGUGUGUAAUAAUUCGUCAUGCUGGCCGCAUUUGAACCCGCAUAGCUCGCUGCCGCAGUCUGCGUCUCUGGGUUUUGGUGUUCAGUUGGUGUUCGGGAUUCGGGGCGGGGUCCGGGGUCCGGGGUUUUUACUCGAGCCGAGCCGGGCCGGGCCAUUCCCAAUGUUUUUCGUACCCCCAACCCACCCCCAGCCCCAACACCGCCCCUAAUUUGCGAGGCAGCGGCGGAAAGAUAAUGCCCGCUUCUCUUAGCUGCGCUCUUAGUUUUCUUGCCGGAUUCGAUCGCUCUCUGCGGCGGCUCGACGCGGCUUCAAGUGGAUUUUACAGUUAUAUAGUAUGUAGAGAAAGAGAUAUAUUGUAUCUUAUGGAUACGGCUGGCACAAAUACUUUUCGCCACUGACGACGCCGCUUUUUCGUACAUUUUUCUUUUUCUCUUUUAAUAUUAUAUAUAUUUGAUUAUUUGAUUUGUGAAUCACGGCAAACAGACAGUUGUUGAGGUUGAGUUGUGGAUAAAUGGGUGUGAGUUUGCUGGAAAAUUAGAGAUACAGCUCAGUUGCUGCUGGAAGAUGUAGGUGUCUGUUCGUCCGCUUUUCCCCUUCCUGUUUAUCUGCGGUAAUAUUUUAAUCUGCACUCGAGAUUUCUUCCAGAAUAUAAUUUAGCGUUAUGCCAGAAAAUUGCGAUUAGAUUCCCUCGCUGUCAUGCCGCUGGAGUUGAUAGUUUAAUAACUUCCCCCUAUGAAUGAAUUCUUGUUAUUGCGGGUUCCUGUUAUCAUUCUAGAUUUGCUACCAUGCUUUAGAGCCGUACAAUAUUUUAGUUUCGAGCAGUUGAACGCCUCCGCUUAAACAUUGAAUGCCGUGUUUAUGUGGAAUGCUAGUUUCUUUCUAAACAUAUGUGUUUGCUGAUAAGGAUUUCCAUAGCAGGACACAAAGGACCGCUUAUCGCGGUGGUAAGAUGAGUCACUUCAUAUCGGCUCUUAUGCUCUGCCUUCUUUCCCAGCGGGUCACAACAUUAGCUUAUCGCUAAUUAUUUUUAGCAUAAAUUUCAUUUGUAGGAAACAUGAUGCAUAAGAGAGCGAUAUUGGGAAAGAUAUUGGAGUGACCAUAAUAUAAAUCCGUGCGACAAGAAACUUUUACCUCGAAGUGUAUUUCGCUUUCAAGUUGAUAAGUUUAAUUUAUUCUUCGCAUUGAACGAAAUUCUCUUGUUUAAUGAUAUGCUAUUAUUAGCGGCACGAAUGUAUGAAAAAGCAGCUGUGCCUGUGGCUUUUGUGUGUUCCUCGGAAAAAUACUAGGAAAAUGCAUAAAAACAUAUGCCAUGGCAUCUAAAAAUAUGUGCUCGUGUUUAGCUAUUUCGAUAAACGAUGGGCCCAAGGCACGAGUAUUCUGCAGGACAUUGAUCUCUUUCAGGAGAGUUGCUAAUUAGACAUUCCGCACUUAGUCAGCUUCCAGUCUAUAAUAACUCCAUUGAGUUACUUAUCCGUCUGAAAGCGACAGCGAAAUAAGCCGCACUACGUUCUGACCCAGUUUCAUCAUUAUCAUCACUUUGUCAAAAGCAGACUUCCAGAUCACACGCAGUGGUGAUAAAUAUGGUAGUAUCGUAUAGUACCUGCCUCUUCGAGAUACGAUACGCAUUUACCUUUGUCUAAAAAUAAUAAAUGAUCUCAUUGUUGACUGUUGACUGUUUGCUCUCCCUCAGGACUUUUUGGGAACGAUCGUGUGUUGUCAUCGUCAUAUUUUGGGCCACUUGUUUUGGCCGCAUGGAAAAAAGUAUCUUUAGGCGCUGGCGAAUGAUAUUAACACACGGGAUUGUCAAUAAAUGUGCAUGUGGAUUGUACAUUAAAUACACGUAUAUUGGGUUGAAUCUAUAUAUCGAGCCGUGUAAACAUACGCAACGCAGCAGACAUUUUGCCGUCGUUGUCUUUACAACUGAAUCCACAUACUACGAGUAUAUGUAUCGUCAGCGCAUUGAGCACUCUUUUGUUCCAGCUCGAUCGAUGUUUCCCGUCAUCCGUUCUGUCCAUCAGUCCAGCAGUCCAUCUGUCAAUUGCAUUUAAAGCAAAUAUCGCCCAUAAGAAAUGGGCUAUAAUAAAGUACAUUCGUACAUACGUACAACAACACGAGAAGAUUGGUGCACGAUAAAGUUAGCCAGCAUAGACCAGCACCCCUUUCUUCGGCCUUAUCGUCCCUGCAAAUGCUUGACAAUAAAUUAGAUUUUGUGCAAAUUCUCCCGUCCGAUCGAUCCACUCGAUGGUGUCCGUCCGCCAUGAUGGUGCAUAAAGUGGAAAGAAUCCGAACACCGGACGAGAACUAUACUUUACCUCGGGCAAAUCGCAAGUUCGUGUGAUUUAUAUCAUAACAAAAGGUGGAGGGCGCGAGAGAAACGCCAGAUCGAAGGUUGGGUACCCUUCUGCAGCUAAAUACUAACCACUAUAUUAUAAGAACAUGAAUAAGCAAAUUAUAUCGACAAGAAAAUCUAUAGAAAUAACUUUUUUAAAAGAGCAUAUGUAUAUAAUUACAAGAUAAAGACUGCUUGUUUAGCUAUUUACAAAACGAAUUUUAUCUCGUAAUAUAUUUAAAAAAAUUUAUUUCUAGAAAAAUAAAAACACUUACAUUACUUUCUUUUUGAACGAAGAUCAUAAGAAUAUCUGAAGUAUAUUGAUUACAAAUUCAAUGACUAUUGGCUGUGCGCUAAGAGGCAUGACAGAUCAUAAUUUUAAAAUGCAAAAUAAAAGCAUAAAAUAUAUUAUUUUGAACGUUAGAGCUAAAAAUAUUCUAGUUAAGAGAUAAGUGUAAUCUAAGAUAUUUUUCUAGACACCCUGUUCUGUCGAAACUUGGAGUACUUGAUGCGAAAUGGAACGUGCCCACAGAUAAUGUCCUAUCUAAAUUUUUUCCUAAUUUUAAAUGACGGUUUAAAUGAGCAUUUUCUGCCAGGGUAACUUCAAGUCUGAUCGUUAGCAAAGUACUCUUCAGCUUGAAGUCUUGGAGUUUGGCUAUCCAUAAACAAAAUACGGCCAAUGCGGCGUUUGUUGAGGUCAAUGAUUUCUGUUGCGUUGUCUUUUUCACGCUUUUUUGACGCUUUUUGUCUAUAUGUGUUUGUAUGGCUGAAGGUGUGUGCGAGCAUUUUGAAUAUUAAUUUUAAAAGUUUUUCGGCUUGUGUAAACAUAUUCAGCAAAAUACAUAAGUGGAACCAUCGACCGCUGUAAUGUCGAUUUUGCAAGCAUAUGAUGACAUAAUGGAAGAUAGUUGAAACUCCAAGAAGAGGAAUGCUGUGAUUCACGGGGACCAGAAUAUUUUGUAAUACAUUGAACCGCGUCUGGAGUUAUCUCGAAGGUCUUUUCGAUAAAAUGAUAUUCAAUUAUACUAAAAA